AUGAAGUUCAGCACGAUCCUCUCCGCCAUAGGGCUGGCCGUCUGCGCCGGCGCCGCUUCGCUGCAGCAGGUCACCAAUUUCGGCUCGAACCCCAGCGGCGCCAAGAUGUACAUCUACGUCCCGGACAAGCUGGCGGCCAACCCUCCCGUCGUCGUGGCGAUCCACUACUGCAGCGGAACGGCCCAGGCGUACUUCACCGGCAGCCCCUACAAGGGCCUCGCCGACCAGAAGGGCUUCAUCGUCAUCUACCCCGAGUCGCCGUACUCCGGCACCUGCUGGGACGUCUCGUCCAGGGCGACCCUCACCCACGAGGGCGGGGGCAACAGCAACUCCAUCGCCAACAUGGUCAAGUACACCUUGAACAAGUACAACGGCAACAAGGCCAAGGUCUUUGUGACGGGCUCCUCGUCCGGAGCCAUGAUGACGAACGUCAUGGCCGCCACGUACCCCGACCUCUUCGCCGCCGGCAUCGUCUACAUGGGCGUCCCCGCCGGCUGCUUCUUCACCAACUCGGUCAACGGCUGGAACAGCACCUGCUCGCAGGGCAAGUCCAUCGCCACGCCGCAGCGCUGGGCGCAGUGGGUGCACGACGCCUACCCGGGCUACUCGGGCUCCCGCCCCCGCAUGCAGAUCUACCACGGCAGCGCCGACGCCACGCUCAACUCGGCCAACUACAAGGAGGAGAUCAAGCAGUGGUCCGGCGUCUUCGGCUACAACCCGGACAAGCCCCUCACGUCCUCCCAGAACGCGCCCGUGGCCAACUACCGCACCGACGUCUUCGGCGACCACCUCACGGGUGUCUGGGCCAACGGCCUCGGGCACAACGUUCCGAUCCGGGGCGCUGACGACAUGAAGUUCUUUGGGUUGUAA